AGACAAUGGAUUACCAUGACAACCACAAAAAUAGUAAAGUGGAUUCUUUAACAUUUAAACUGGCUACAAAUCAUCGAAAUAAAACUACCAAUGAAUUAAAGUCUAUUGAUCUAAAACCAAUGGAUGUUGUCAUAGUUACGGCUGCCAGCAAUGAGUUUUUCCGUGGAUUAACUGAAUUUGUUGCAUCCGUACAUUUCUGGGAACCGAGGACAAAAAUAGUAGUGUAUGAUAUUGGGUUGACUUUGUUACAAAAACAAGAUGUACACACAUGGUGCAAUGUAGAAUCUCUCAAUCUGCCGAAGACAACCCCUCCACGAAUUUUGUUGGGAUCUAGGAAUGGAUUCGCUUGGAAACCUAUAAUUCUACAAGAUGCAGUUCGUCGAUAUGGUGCAAUAUUUUAUUCAGAUGCUGGGUCAGUAAUCAGAGGACCUCUUGGCCCAAUAAAAAGACUCAUUCUUAAAGAUGGAUAUUUUUUCGUUCAAGGCCAAGACACAGAUAUGACAAUGAAAACCCAUAAAGGGAUGUUUUCAUAUUUUAACGUCACAAAAUCAAGAUUUAUUAAUAAAUACAGUUUUGCUGGUGGUAUCCAAGGUUAUGUUAACAAUAGCACAGCUGUUAAACAUAUACUAACUCCUCUUGUACAUUGUGCUUUAAAACGUUCCUGUAUUUCCCCGAGAGGGUCACAUGUGCUUAACCACAGAUACGACCAAUCAGCUUUAUCAAUCAUAAUCUACAUGUCUAGUCUGAAUAUUCAGCCGCAUACAGAAUUUCUAGCUGCAGAUCGUUCCCAAUUAAAUAAAGACCCCUUGGAAGAAAGUAAAAGACUCAUAUGGACAGCACGUCAGUUUAGUUCGGACUAUCGCCUGAAAACUCUCUGUAUUAAGAACUAAUGGAAUUUGAAAAUAAUAGACAUAAUAUCAAAACUCUUUAUAUAAAUGAGCAGGUACAACACCAAUACCCUCUUUAAAAAUGAACAAGUGUGAAAAAUCAUCUCAAAACUUUUAUAUGAAAUGCCUGAUUUAAAAUCUUAUGUUAACCUCAUGAAUCCCAGGCUCUAAAAUCGGUUGAAACCAGAGGAUUUUUUCAUUUUUGCCACCUUUUGACAUUUACUACAUACCUAUACAACUUAAGAUGCUCAACUUAGUCAAAUUAUAUAGCAGAGAUCAUUUCUACACGUUUUAAAACAAUUUUUGUGUAAAUUGGAUAAAAAUUGUUCAAAUAAGAGCAAUUUUUGUGAAAAAUUUUGUGACGGAUUUUCUCGUCCCUCUGGGAUUCAAGGUCAUUUCUGAGGUGACGAGAAAUCUCGUCAUACUGGGUAGUCAAGAGAUUAAAACCCUAGAGAAGGUGAAAUAUUCCUGUUGCAUCAUCCAUCCAGAGUAUUUCAUUUCUUGAAUUGAGUUGAAUUGAAUUGAAUUGAGGAAUAAAUGAUGACCUUUGAAUGAAGGAUGUUCCUGUAAGUCUAGGAAGCAGACAUCCACUUAAAGUUUACAGCU